CAUACUCCUACUUACUCUGUACUGAGAUGAGAUGGUGAAUGCUGGACACAACUGUGCGAAAGAUGGCUGAGCUCCGUGUUCUCCAUUUUGAAGUGAGUGCCAAGAUGAGCAAGAGAGAUAACACCAAUCCCACCCCCGUCCACCAUGUCCCAACCAAUCACCGAAAUCGUCCAAUUCAAACUCCAACCCAACGCCUCCAUCGAAGACCAAAUGCCCGAAUUCACCCGCCUCCUGCAGCGCCAACCCGGCUUCCUGCAUCUCGCCUGGGGACGUAGGGUUGAGUCCCCGGACAACGUCCAGAUGCUCAUAAAUUGGGAUACCAUCGAGUCGCACCAUCAGUUUGAGAAGUCGGGAGCCGAUUAUGCGGCCUUAGGGGUGAUUGUGAAGUCGCUGGUUGCGGAACCACCGGUGGUGUAUCAUGUUAAUUUCAAGUCUGAUAAUGGGUUGGUGAUCCAGAGCACUUCGGCUACUUAG